UGUAAUGGGGUACAAAGCGGAAACGUUAGUAACUAAUUUCCGCGGGUAAACUCUCGCCGUUUUUUCCAAAAUGUAAUUUGCUUGGUUCACUAGCAAUUCCGUGGUCUUUGAGACAUAUCAAAACAUAUUCAAAUUCUGUCCAUUUAGUUUCACUUAGGAAUGAUAGUGAAAUGCACUGUAGUCUGUUUGACAGCCUUCUUUUAAAAGACAACGAGAGCUAAACGAUCAUACAUACAUGCAUGCACGGAAUAUAAUUAGUUCUGUCUAAUGAUUUAUAUAUAUGCAAAGAAGCAACUUGACAAAAUGCUGAAAUUUUGUAUGAAAUGAAAAAUCCCCAAAUCCCAAAAUCGAAAGAUUAUUACGUUAUCAGUUUAACAGGUUAGGCUCGUCAUGUCAGGGAGAAUUAUAGGCGAUAAGCUGAGAACGGCGUGAACUCCUGGUAUUCAUGUACUGACACUAAGAAUAUAAGUGUGAUGUUUAUCAGAGAAAUGUAUCAGCAAAAUCAAAAUCGAAUGUCCACAAAGUUAGGUAAAUACAAUUACACAUGGUACCCUGUUAUCCUUCUACCUCUCUCGUUGAUCUUGACGGAGCAGGACAAGUGUUAAAUUUCAAAACUAGGCCUAAAGCAGGAGUUUUAAGGAUGCUUGAUUCCUCCCCAGCGUUUGGUCAAAGCCACAUUCAAUGUAUCAGAAUUCUUUAUUCACUUUAAUAACUCUAUGAUGAUUCAUAGAAUAAAGUUUCAUCUUCAUAUGGUGUCAUAUUGACACGCCUUUGUAAAUUGUUGUCAUAAAUCACAUAAAUUAUGUUUCGAGAAAAAAAAACUUUUCUUGAAUGUUUCGUAGUCUGAGAAAUAUAGUAACAAAAUUACAACAAAUCCUACUAUGGUGGAUAAACAAAAAAUACAGCGUCCUAUAUAUGCAUUGCAUAGGAAAGAAAAGUCUUAAACCUAUAACACAUACACACACACACACACACACACACACACAUACAUACAUACAUAUAAAAAUCUACAUGCACAAGAAGUAGUAUGAUAAAAAUAUCACAAAGCCGAUUGAGUACGAAUAUACUUGAUUUUUAACCUUUAUGAUUUAGAAUACAGUGAUGGUUUAGACAGCCACGCCUCGAUACAAUGGUAUAUGUAUUAUAUAUAUAAUACAUAUAUAUGUAAUAUAUAUAUGCAUGUAUAUAUGAAGAGAGAGAGAGAGAGAGAGAGAGAGAGAGAGAGAGAGAGAGAGAGAGAGAGAGACUGAGUAUAAAGGGUACAGGUAUUAGAGAGAGAAAGUUAAUUAAGACUAUCCUCACUACUUCGCGCAUUGGGAUUAGCAUAUCGUUUGUCCUGGGGAAGGGACCUGUCGUCCUCAAAAAUUGACAAUCUAAUUGUUCGUGUCGCUGGUCAUUUUAGUGCUUAUAUUUAUAUGAUAAUCCUGUUUGUAUUGGAGAAUGCUAAUGGAUAAAAAGAUGUAUAUUGAAAAUGGACGGCUAAGUUAAUGAAUGGACAAUGAAUUAAUGUGUAAGUCUUUCAAUCACUAAACGUGUGCAUAGUUUUCCCCUUAGUUGUUAACACUCUGCAUUUGAACAUAGAGAAACCCGGCGAUGAAUACGUUUUCAGUGUGCAUGGCCACCCGAUCCCAUCUUCUCGCAUUGCAUGGUGAAUUUAAAUUUUCGCCGAAAUCCUACGCUAUGAGAGGGAGCACCAGUGUUUAUCUGUUUUAAAUAUCUUAUUGCCAAAAUAAUUAUUUAUUUACCGUCGUGUUAAGUCGAACCCCGUGUCUCUGUCGCACGCGAGCGAUCUGAUUGGUCGAUAGCGGACGAGUUCGGGGUGUUACACGGGCCAUGUCCUAUAUAAACCAGAGAGUGUCGCGUGCUCUGUGGUAUAUGAAAUAUCUGUCGUCCAACCAAACUUGUUUAACCCAAACUUUCCUUAAGGCCUUAUCAGCACUGAUAAUAUCUACCAUCUAUUAAUCAUUGAUCAUUUACGUUUAUGAGAUGGAAAUGUUCAAUGAAAAAUCUCCCUAAUUAUUAUUCACGAGAGUCGAUUCUAAGACAUUGUUAUAUAUUUUUUCAUCUGAUCGGAAUAAUAAUCGUUUUCCAGUUCGAACCAUGAAUGCAAUGGAUAAUUUUCUGCUGGACGAAGACUUUCUUGAUUUUUACGAACCUUUAGAAUACAGUGAUGGUUUAGACAGCCAAGCCUCAAACGAAUCCGACGAAGAGAACAUCUUCUUUUUCACGGACAAGCACUCGGGCAAACCAGUGAAAAAACAACAGCAGCGGAAGGCCGCCAACAUGCGCGAGCGACGGAGGAUGAAGUCCAUCAACGACGCGUUUGACAAUCUCCGAAACUCCAUCCCGUCCACCAUCAACGCCGACAGAAGACUAUCGAAGGUUGACACUCUCAGACUAGCCAUUCGGUAUAUUGGACAUUUGUCGGAGUUGGUUCAGACUUCUGCUGAGUUCCAAACGGAAGUAUCUAUGAAGAAAAAUAGCAGAACCCACGAUAAAGUCAUUGUCCGGUGUCACUUUUCUGAUAUCACGGAGGAGAUUUUAGACAACCAUGAGCCCCUUAUGGGCCACUCGCUCUCUUGGGAUAUCAGCAAACCCCCAAACCAAACCGGGGAAAACCGAUUCACCGCCAAAGUCUGGGUUCCGGAAAUACCUACCGAGUCCGAUUUAAUUAAUAUCAACUCGUAUUCUAAUGACUUCCACCAAUACCUGUGAUUGACUUUUCCUUCGUGUCUCACAAGGACUCACGAAAGUUUGUUCCGAAGAGCAAGCAAAAGGAUUUCUAUGCAUAACAAGUCACUGCCAAAAUACCCGGAUGGAACUGCUUCAUUUGAGCCGAAAAAGGCAGUGAGGUGUCGAAUAGGCAACGAAAGCGCAAGAAUGUGCGAUAUAUAUACCAGAAUACUUCACUAGUGUUCUUUGUUAUUUGUUUAUUUGUUAGACUUCAUACAAACAAUUAUUUAUUUUAUGAUGUAUUUACACAAUGUUGAAUAUUUUAUAUCUUUAUACGAAAUAGCCAGAGAUUGAUUUUUGCUACCAUGGUGAAAUUGAUGAAUAUAAAAAUGAGAAAAACAA